GCGCGCCGGGCCGCGUGGAGGCAGUUCGGCGGAUGGAGGUCAGGGAGGGUGAUCGCUGCACCAGUCCGGCGUCAUGGAGAGGCUGGGUUCCUGAGCGUGGGAAACAAGACCGGGCAGACUUGUUGAGAGAAACCUGGAAAUGUAGCGUAUUCUCGAAGAAGGUAACGUUUUGCAGGACUUGAAAAAAGGAGUCUUCCCUCCCUCUCGCCAAUGCCCGCCAUCAUGGCGGUUCGCCUGAUGAAGCAAUGCACGUGCCUGUUGAGAGAAGCUACCCGCCUGGUCCCUACCAUUGCUCCAGUUGCCCGACUGAGACUUGCUGGGGUGGCCUGUAAGACUUUGACCUCCUCAGUCAGCUCCCCCUCCUCAGGUUCCUUGACGGAGCUGUUGGGAAAAGAGCAAGUGUUUACCCCCUACCCAGAGCACCAAGAGGUGGACUACCUCAUUGAGAAAGCCACCAGGCCAGAAGAGCUGCUAGGACUGCUGGGUGGGGAUCAUCACCUGCACCACAAUCAUGCAGCCCUCAUACUCAUCCGGCUGUCUUACCUGCUGUCCGAGAAGCCAAAGGAAAAGGCCUUGCUUGUAGAGGAUGCUCGCUUUCAGCAGCUUGUCAGUCAGGUCAACAGUCAGCUCCUGAGACGGAGUCACUGCAAGCACAGAAGAGUCAACUCCUUCAGAAAAGAGGCAGCAGUGGCAGCAGGAGAGCAGGGUCUGGAUCCAGCUGUUCCUGAGCCUGGGGGACAACUCCAUGUCACCAGAAAGAAAAGGAUAACUUCGAUCUGGCACGGGACCCUGGUGAAGCUGCUGCGGAGCCUGUACACACUAGUGCUUCCUCGGCCCUGCAAGGAGCUGCAGUCCGUGGAGCAGGAAGUGCGCUGGCGUCUGCGGAGGCUCAAGUACAAGCACUUGGUCUACCUGGCUGAGUCCUGCGCCUCCUUCAUGCGGGAGCAGCACUCCCAGGAGCUGCUGGCUGAGCUGCUGCUGCACCUGGAGCGGCGCUGGACCGAGAUCAGCGACAGCCGCACAGUGGUGACCGUGAUGGUGAAGGCAGGACACCUCUCAGAGCCACUGAUGAGCCGCCUGGAAGACAAGUGCCUGGAGCUGGUGGAGCAGUUUGGCCCUGAGGAGCUGCGGAAGGUGCUCGUGACACUGGCGGCACAGAGCCGGCGGUCGGUGCCCCUGCUGCGGGCCAUCUCCUACCACCUGGUACAGAAGCCCUUCCCGCUGACGAAAGGCGUGCUGCUGGACCUGGCCUAUGCCUAUGGUAAACUCAAUUUCCACCAAACCCAAGUGUCCCAGCGCCUAGCUGCUGACCUCCUGCCCUUCAUUCCCAGCAUGACACUUGGCGAGGUGGCCCGUUGCGCCAAGUCCUUUGCCUUCCUCAAGUGGCUCAACCUGCCCUUGUUUGAAGCCUUUACUCAGCACCUCCUGAGCAGGGCCCAGGACGUGUCCCUGCCCCACCUGUGCAGCAUUCUUCUUGCCUUCGCCCGUCUGAACUUCCGUCCUGAACAAGAGGAUCAGUUCUUCAACUUGGUACAUGACAAGCUGGACCCCAUGCUGGGGAGCCUGGAGCCAGCCCUGCAGGUGGACCUAGUGUGGGCACUGUGUGUGCUGCAGCAGGUUCGAGAAGCAGAGCUGCAAACAGUCCUCCAUCCUGGACUUCACAAACAAUUCCUAGGGAGCAAGUCUCCAAAGGACCAGAGCACCUUCCAGAAGUUGGUCCACAUCAACACCACUGCCCUGCUGGAGCAUCCUGACUAUAAAGGUCCUUUCCUGCCAGACUCAGCUGUAGCCCUCAGCUCCUCGUCCUCUAGCAAGAAGAUGACCCCGCUCCAGAAGGAGCUACAGGAAACACUGAAGACACUGCUGGGGAGCACUGACCAGGGCAGCCUGGAGGUGGUCACCCAGUAUGGCUGGGUGUUGGAUGCAGAGGUGCUCCUGGAUGCUGAUGGCCACUUUCUGCCCCUGAGGGAUUUUGUUGCUCCUCACCUUGCCCAGCCAGUUGGGAACCAGCCACUGCCCCCAGGAGCUAAAAGGAUCGCUUUCCUGCGCUGGGAGUUCCCUAACUUCAACAGUCGAAGCAAAGACUUGUUAGGCCGUUUUGUCCUGGCCCGUCGACAUGUGCUGGCUGCAGGCUUCCUGGUAGUAGAUGUCCCAUAUUACGAGUGGCUGGAUCUCAAGUCUGCAUGGCAGAAAGGUGCCUACCUCAAGGACAAGAUUCGAAAAGCAGUGGCUGAGGAGCUAGCCAAAUGACCUUUCCCAUCAGUCCAAGCUGCAUCCCAGAGACCUGAUUGCUCAGUGGCCCAGCAGAGUGCUAGGUGGGCCAGAGUUGUCACCCUCAAGGAUGACCCAACCGUCUCUGCAGGCCCUUAGGCAGCAGCUCCAAAGGACAGGUGGUCCCAGUAACUCUUUGGUUUGGAGGAUGCCAGGUAUCCUCCUAGGCUUUGCGUCUAUCUCCUCUGUCCCCCGCCCCUCCAUUUUGGACACAGAGACCCUAUCCUGUCUCCUUCAUAGCUCUCCAGGAUUUUACCCAGUGCUCUGUCCUCCCCAACUCUCCAAUAGUGCCUGUGUGACGCAGCAAAGCGGAGGAGGGCUGGCUUGAGACAGGAAAAUGGGAGGGUCCUAGUCACUCAGAUUCUAGGAAACUGACUAGACUAGUGUACAGCAGAGGUCUAGUUAUGAUCCCAAGAGGUUCCCUCCCAUGUCCACAUGACUAGAGAGUAAUGGUAACAGAUGGUGUAGGAGCAUUUGGAAGGCCCUGGUCCUGGGAAAAGAGAAGAGUCCACUUGGCUGAUGUCACUCUCAUAACUACCUUAACCACAGCCAACUCAGAAAUGACCAGUCAAGAUGGAGGCCUGAGCCCUUGCUGCUGUGAAUAGCAACAAUGCCAACCUUUGCAGGAGACUCUUAUAGACAAAGCUUGCCCAAAGGGGAGGCGGAAGACAAAGGAGGUUCUUACCUACUCUACAUUUCUCCCAAGCACCAGUCUGCGCCCUCUCUGGGGCUUAGCACUUCUGUUGGUCUGCACAAGCCUGCUGGUUGUCACAGAGGUGAAGGAGACAGAAAAGUGACUAACUGGCUGGAGGGGAGGAACAGCUGGCCACAGCUUCUCUGAGUUGAGGUGGGGCAGGCAUAUAGGGCUGACAAGGCCGCUGGGGUGGACUGUUGGUGUGUAAGAAUAAAGAUUUGUGCUGCUCA